UUCAAUUUUUAUACACCCCCUUUCCGCUUGUACCACCAGUUACCAACCACCCUGUAUAUAACACAUUUGACAGUACAAUUUAAAACAAUCUACCCAAUCUAUCUGAAAACAUUCAUCAAAGUUUGCAAUAAAAUAAAACGAACAAGUUCCAUAUACGUCAUUCGAUCGUCGUGAGAAUUAAAAAUUUUAAGCUGUUGCAGAUGAUUAAAUAUGUAAAGCUAGCGAAUUAAUUUGCAUAGCUAAUGAUAUAAUUAAAUAAUACGACUACUAGUAAUAGUCAUAUUAUUAGAACACAAUUAUCAGUAGCGGUGAUUAUGUUAUAAGAUAAUUACUAAUACGAGCCUACUAAUUACCGAGCACGUGAAAUUAAUCAGCGGAAACAUGGAAAUUGGGAUUCCGGAAGCCGCUGAUCAACCGUUCUAAUAAUAAAAUUCGCAAAUUUAAUUCACCGGAAACUCAUUUCGAAAUACCAUGGACGCUAGACUGCGGAAGCGUUAAAAGCUCGACGGACACGCUGAAAUCUCGUGGCGUGAUCCGUUCAUCAGGUGCACGCAUGAGAUUUCGGGAAAUUGCGGUAAUCGUUUUAGCCACGACGAUUUAUAGUGGCCACGCGCCGCCACUUCCUGUUCGAGAUUUGUCCGACCACGAACCUAAUUAGCCUUACCAAACUAUAUCAGAGUGAAACGGGUUUUCCUUAUUAUUUAUACUAUCGAAUCUUCUUUGCUUGUGUUAUGAAUUCGAAAGUCAUUCUUGCUCGAGGACAUUCUCGCAAUUUUACUCGCAGUCGUAUUCACAAUGACAAAAAUUGUAAUCAUUCUGUUAUUAUUUUCUUCUUUGUGUGAUACUGCUUGACGUAUUCGUUUCUUGUUACUCUGUUUUGAUAUCAUUAAUUUUAACUCGCAACGCAGUUGCUACUAACAAGUUUGCGCUUCUUGUUUUUAUGAAUACGUCGCGCUUCACUCCGUCGUUUUGCGAAUAUUCCAGUUCGCUUCAUCGGAACUAAGACAGAAGGAUGUGAAGUGAAGGGGAACAUUUAAGAAACGACGGAACAAAACGCAAAGUAAUUAAGCUGUCCGAAAAGUUUCCUUCGUUUUAUAAGGAAAUAACGUAGAUGCACAACGUUUUUCUUUUUAUAUUAUUUUAUUGAAUUAUGUAUGAUCCAUUUUGUAGUAAUACAACGAGAUAUAAAGCAGAAAAUGUUGUACGCCUCUUUAUUAUUUCUUUGUAAGACGAAAGAGACCUUUGGGACAACCCAAUACUAAUAAAAACACGAACAAAAUCCGUGAAACCACAAAUACGUGAUCUGAUCAUCGCGAGGGUUUCAAGUUUUAAGGCGUUGUACUUGAUUAAAUACAAAGCUAGCGAAUUAAUUUGCAUAGCUAUUGAUGCAAUUAAAUAAUACGAUUACUAGUAAUAAUAAUAUUAUUAGAACACAGUUUGUUAUAACAUAAUUACUAAAUUUUCCUUGUUUUCCAUAAACCACAUUUCACGUACUGGGUGUAAUAAAAAAUUAAAUAAAACUUUAAUUAAUUUGAAACUUUAUUUAAUUUCUCUAAGCAAAGCUGGCAAACCUCGUUCCUGCAACGAUAAAUUCCAAAAAUUCCAAUUCGGUAGACGAAAAAGCUACAAAGAAGAAACGUGUAGCACUUUGAAAGCCAGGAAUAAAUCAUUGAGAACACCUUCAUCGAUCAAAAGGACAAUUAUAAAUUGCUAACCGUGAUAAGUAUAUCUCCUUUAUAUCUUAAUUCACCCCUACUGUUCAAUGGUAGUAUUUACGUCAUGCGACAAGAUUUUCUUGCAAAUGCGACCAGGCGGCAGGAUGAAGUUGCAUUACAAGACUUGAUUGCAAUUUAUACAAGAUGAGACGUCGAUAGCUAGCCCCGUACAUGCUACGUUUUGUACUUUGCAUACCAUCAAUUCGCUACGUGACACGGUUGCAAGACUUUUUCCAUCACUGGCAACGCCCAAAGUUGCCAAACAAGAUCAUGUUUCUAUGGGUUUGAUUGGUCGUGCUUUCGAUGCGUAAGUGCAUGCUUUCUCACGAUAAUUAGUUAUCGACGAAUCGUAGCAAGUCGAUACGCCUGUCAUUGACGCUAUGUUAAAAGAUUGCCACCUUCUGCGGAAAAUCGCUUGCAAGUUGCGUGACUGCAUUAUAUCGGUUUAGAUUACACGCGUAAAUUAGGCUUUAUGCGCGAAUCCCAUUAUCUCAAUGAGUAGAUUAAUCUGUUGCUAGUCUUUUUCUUUUUUUUUUUUUUUAGUCUUUACCGUAUAAUAACGGAAUAUCAUGAGAUAAGGUUGCAAAUUUAUAUGCGAGCGAAAUACGUAGGUGGAUUUUAUGGGAUGAAACUUCGAUGACUCAAAUCACUCUGAGACAAUUUCAUGAAGUAACAUUAAAUGAUUUUGAAGGAACUCACGGUUUAACGAAUAUGCCUGUGUGCUGCAAGUGGAGGCUUUCAAACAAUUUUAAGGUACAUUUUUCUUUUUUCAAAUCAGACUACAGAUCUUCUUAACUACAGAACUUCUGCUUGAGAAUAAUUUACAAAAUAUUUCAAGUUCAAUUUUGACAAAUGUAGUAUACAUAUAGAAAAAAAGGAAAGUUUAGUAAUUACUAGAAUUCAGUAAUAUUGCUAUUAAUAUAGCAUAUUAUAAUAUAACAUACAAUAUAAUAUUGCUCUGCUUUAAAUUAAAAUUUCUUUUCGUCGUUUUACUUGCUCUACAACGAAAGCAUCACGUAACUCAAUGUCGCUGGCCAUUUCGAAAAUUAUCUUUCAAAAGACAACAAAUUAAUUGGUUCAUCUAAUAACUGUUAAGUAAAGUAUCUGACACAUGCUAUUAAAUGUAAUACGUGGAAAAUCUAAUUGUGCAUGAGACACUCUGUAUAUUUGCUCAACUAUGAUGAACUGAUACGUCAGGUUUGUAUAUAUGUUGAAUAAAUCAGCUCGAGAUUCAAUGCUAAAAUUACAGAUUACCUCAGAAUUCGAGUUAUGUCGAAGCAAUUAAAAGAGACGACGUUAUUAAGUUUUUAUACCGGUGUGCACGUGACUGAAUGCGAUGACGGUACUGCGUGACUUAACACGAUGACAAUAUUAUUUGUCAUCGCGUCAAUGUAGCUCGUAAAAUCCUGCCUGACCAGGUUGCAAGAAACUGGAUGGAUCAGAACGGUUUCGCGAAAGCUUUCUUUUCGUAGUAUGUAUAGGGCUUAAUAGGGCAACAAUGGGAUUUAAUCUCCAGCGAGUCGGAAUGUGAAUACAAUGGUAAUGUGACUACCAGAUAGCGUAUCGAGGAUGCAAAUCUCCCUACAGACCGUAACUGAAUCGCCAGAUUCUUUUUUCAAGCGUGAAUGCAGCUUUACAUAGCAUUUGAAGUUUAACUAAGUAGAUAAAAGCAACAUUAUCAUGGAUAAUAUCGCAACCUUAUACUAUCGAAACUUUUAUGUUUCCGUUAUAACAUUCUCUCUUAAGCGUGAAUAAGGCUUUAUUUCUCGAUGAUCAAAUUAUCAAUAUUAGUAGGUAUUACCAAUAUUAUCAUAUUAAUAUACUAUAAUGCGUGUGCAUUAUUAGCAUGAUAUGAGGAAAUGCAACCUACAUACAUGAAAAUUUAUUUCACCUAUUAAAUAUUGUAAUAUUUACAUCACUUUGAAUAUCUUUUAUGCUUUGCACAUGGCAAGCAUUUUGUGUAUUUUUGCAAUUUGAAAUUUCUCAUAAAUGCAUAACAAUCGACAGUCUAAUUACAGCAUAUUAGUAUAACGUGUUGAUGAUUCAUGUCACAUGAUCUUUCUAAAAAAUACCGAAUUCAACGUCACAUGUUUGAACUCUAUUUCCAAGUGCGAACGUGGCCUUACUCGGUGCUUCAAUUCCAUGAAAUUAACGCACGGAAUGUCAGUAUUAUUAUUAUUAGACAGUAAUAUAGAAUUCAUGUUAAUUCUUACAUAAAUUAUCCACUGAAAUUUACAUAGUAUUAUUUCGUUUCUUUCAAGCGCGAACAGGACUUUAAUCUAUACUCAAACUCCACAGAAACAUGAUAUACGGGCUUGGAUAAUGUUGCAAGACUAAUAUAACGAAUUAUAACAUACAUCAUGCGAAUUUUAAUAUAAAUCUCUAACUCGUUUUACACAUUAUUAACCUGUUUUUUCCCAGAAUAAAUACGGCUUUACUUGAUUUUUAAUUUUAAUGAAUUAUGAUGUGCGCCUUUCAUAUUACUACAGAUUUUUUCCACAUCACAGUAUUACACGUAAGUUAUGCGAAGUUUAGUAUAAUCUUCUCACUUAAAUUUGUAUACGAACCAUCAAUUUACCUUUCGUAGGCGUGAGCGAAACUUUAGUCAGUAAUGAGAUAGUCGUUAAAUCAUAAUUUCAAUGGUAUACCAACUGCAGAAUUACUACAAGCUUCUACAAUCUCAAACUAUAAUAUUUAGAUUCGACAAUAAAACGCGUAAACCUUAACUCUACAUUAAGCGCCAUUAAUCUUCCGUUGCUAAGCGCAAAUGAGACUCUACUUAGAAAUAACAUAAAUAGUAUCGAAUCGCGAAGUUGAUAGUACAUCGAAUUUGAUGUUACUACGUGAUCCUACUAUAUUAAACUACGACAAAUAAAUCUGCAAUUUUCCACUCAAGGAACCUAUAUAUAAUUUCAUUCAUUUCAGUUCUUCUAUUUAGUAAUAAAAUACGAUCGCAACAUCAAAUUACAACAUUGAUAGUAUACAGUUAAUAUACUACAAUAAUGUUGCAAUGAAGCUAUAUUGUAUCAAACUGUAACUCGUAAAUUCCAUGAAUCUCAAUAUAAAUCUCAGUUCAACCCUAUGUACCAUCGAUUCGUCUCGUGUCAAACGUGAAUGAGGCUUUACCCAAUAACGAAAUAAAUACCAUCGACUCGCUAAAAUCAAAUUAACGCGUAUAAAUUUCCGUUUCAAACUCAGCUGCCACUUUUCUUCUUUUUCGUACCAAUUGCCUCGGUAUAAUAACUCAUUUUUCCAAUUGGAAAAUUAACAAGUCAUCGUUAUACCGCCACUUUCGUUUCUCCCACGUGUGAAGGGGGCUUUACUCUUCGGCGCUGAGUUUUACGACGAUGAAAAGAGCAUUUUAAAUAGAUUUUAGUAAUUUGUACAAACUUUCGAUCUCACUCCUUUCUCUUUAAACUUUCUCUUACUCUUGAUUUCUGCCACGUGUGAACAGGCCUUUACUCUCCAUUCUCGCUUUCGUUGAGCCUUCAACUGUCGCAUCAGGUGCGGCGAGUUUCGUGACGGUUAAAAGAUGGAUUCACUGAGUCCGACGUUGCGGUAGGUACAAAAUCACGAUACGAGAUCCAGGACGAAUCAGUCCUGAUGCACCGUUCGAAAUAAAGCAGCAGGACUGAUCGCGAUCGCGACAGACAACCAGCGGCGAAAAAUUCACGGCUCCACGGCCCGACACAAUGACGCAGCCGCCUUUUUGAUGUCAAACGAUCAGCCUGAUGACGACGCCGCCAACGAUACAGGUUAGGACAACGAUUCGAUCGACCAUCUCACGGACGCGGGCCAUUCUCAACCCGUUUCGGGGCUCGCGUCAUCUCGUUUCAGAUCUGUCUACGGAUAAGCAAAUCCUGUUGCAAAAUCUCGGUGGUAAACGAUCGUGUGUCGAGGCUGUGACGUCCGGCCACAAAGCUUCUAUCGAGCAAAGAACGAGGGACGAAGGAGGCGUAAAGAGAAGCUUGGCCGAUCAGAAAGGGAGCGAUGAUGAGUCUCGGGUGUCCGGAGAUAUUUGUCGAAUAUGCCACAUGGGCAGUUUCUCAACGGUCGACGAGAAUCGAGCCAGUUACGAAAGACAGAACCAACCUAUUCGUGGAGUUGACAGUCAAACGUCGACAUUAUCGUCCUACGCGUAUCUCGGCCCUUUGAUCUCAGCUUGCAAGUGUCGUGGGACAGUAGCGCUGGUACACGUAGAAUGUCUUGAAAGAUGGCUGACAGAAUCGGGUCACUCUAGAUGCGAGCUUUGCGGCUACAAGUACGCCACUAAAAGAGUACCACGUCACAACAUCAUCCGUAGUGUUGUAAUAUGGUUCAAUACCGUGAUAGUGACUCGACAGAUGCUUCUAGAUAUAUUGUAUCUAGUAGUCACCACGCCAUUAGCCCUGUUUUCCUGCUACAUCUGUGUCCUGGCUCUAAGAAUGUUGCUAAAACGAGGCCUGCAAGAGAUGCCCUGGAUGAUCGUUGCCAUGCUUCCCACUUGUUCCCUUACUCUAAUCGCUUACUGGGGUUGGAUAAUUACUCUGGCCAGACUGCACGGGCGUAGAUGGCGCCGUUAUUGGAGGAGCAAUUUCGUCAUACGUUUGGUUCCUGACGACUUCAACAACGCUGAAACGAAUUCGAGGCAAGAAAGGACCACCGAUAACCAUCUUCACCAGCAGAGGCCGUACGCGGACGACGAGACGAUGGAAAUACGCGACGUCACGUCGAUCGAUCGGUCCGAAUGAAUCUACACGCAAGAUUUAAUUGCUGGUAAUUUGGUUUCAUUAAAAGGCGGCUCUAAUCGAGCUGGUUACUAACCAUCGAGGACAAUUAAUCGCAUCAAACUGCAUGAGUUUCCACGUCGCUUCCGGUUGUCUGUUAUCUUCGUACGAGAAUAAAUCGGAAAGUUGAUAUAAUUUAUAAAAAUCAGCUGUCAGCAUCAUGUUCGCCAUUAUUCUUGCAAUAGUGUUAUUUAUAAUUUUGGUUCAUCUUAUGAUAACGAUUAAUAGUGACUUGCUCAAGAUUGUUGUGAAAUUUCAAAUAGCUGCGCUGUUACUAAUAAAACAUUAAUUCUACUAAUUAGGCUGUUACUAAUAAAACAAUUCCAUUGUACGAUGGCUUGCUUCUUUUUAUUUCGCUGUUAUUGUGAGUAAUCUUUGCAGGAAGAAGUAGUUCUCUUUUCGUUUUCUG